AUGGGCAAUCCGACGGUGCUACUAUAUGGCCGUGCACAGUAUGAACUUUCGGAAUGGAAAUAUACGACACAACUUCGGAUUAAAACUGGAACUGGUAGGUCACAUAUCACGCAAACAGCUAAUAAUUGCUUGUUUAAUAAAAAUUCAUUGUUAUUGAAAAUUUGCUUUAUGAGACCAAAUAUUUUUUACUCCCUAACAUUUGUAGCUGAAAAGGAGCAAGGAGUACGUAUAGUUGAUAAAUUGUUAGUUGAAUUUGGUAAUCGAAUGCCGCCAUUGUCAUUCAAUUUGAAGGAUACAAAAGUAAAACGCAUUAAAUUCGAAAUGCGAUUAAUAAAUAAGUUAUAUGAACAGUUACCGACAUUUCAAAGUGGAGGCGAUAUAAUAUUAUUAUUCGAACAAAAUGAAAAGUUAUACGUCGAUAAAGCAUUGUUAGCUGUACAUUCUCGUUAUAUGGCAUCAAUGCUUCACGAUGCCGCUCCUAAUGCUAUAAUUGAUAUGUGUUUCUUUGGUCUUAAUGAUUUUUUGGAAUUACUUUAUCAAAUUUAUGACACUAGGCGACCAAUUUCCGCCAAUCUUUUUGCACUUUCGCGAGCAGCAAUAAGUUAUAAGGCUGAUGUGAUCCUAGCCAGAAUCACCAAAUUUAUAUCAAAUCUUGAUAUGGAUUUGAUAUCCAAAUUUCAAUUAGCUAUUCAAUUGGAAUUGGAUCACACACUCAUCGAAUUAGUUUACGACGCCGAACAGCGAGGUGUGUGGAGAGAUUUGAUCGAACAAGGAUUUGAGCCAAAAUCGCUUGGUACCGAAAUUUACCAUCGUAUUAUUUGUCCGGCAAUAAUUAAAGCUCGGCAGUAUCGCCUGGGUGUCAAUCCUUAUUCGUCGCAUUUACAAUUUAAUUUCCGUAUACCACAACACCCGUAUACUGUACCAUUGUUGGUACCGGGUCAAACAUUAUAUGUUAAUAAAGGAAUAUUAUCAUUAUAUGGUAUUAAUAUUUUGGAAAAUUUACAAGGUGGAUAUUUUCUACGAAUAACAUCAAAAUUGGCCGCAUCUUGCGCCAAUGCUGGUAUUACCGUAAUAGAUCUAAUCCUGAAAAUGCUACAACAUAUGUAUCCGAGCCAAGCGGUCGUGCCAGGCCCUUAUAUUCGACCGAUGAUGUCAUUGGCUGAGGAACAUGGAAUGAAAAGAUUGUUGAAUAGUCUAUGCGAAGUUACUCUUAUUUCAUUUAUUUCAACGCAUGAUAAUUUCUAA